UCCAGGAAAAAUACACAGGAAAAACAAUACCAGUGAGUUCAUAGUUUUUUCAUAAGAGCAAAAAACAUGUGUUAAUGCUUCAGUUUUUUUUGAGGUGUUUCCAGUUGUUGUGAAGUUUUUUGUGAAAGAUAUUAUCCACAAGAUUCUACUCUAUAUCAUGGGGGAAAGGAAUACGCCCCACAGUAAUCACUUCAUGACUUUGGGAGCAGAUCAGCGGAGUCAAGCGUAUAUUUAUCCAGAGCCUUGUAUGACGUAUGGGAGCUUUACAGCUUUUCCGCAUCCAAACGUUAACACCACCGUGCCAGCUCCAGGAAGCCUUGGUAAUUUCUAUGCGCCCCAUCUACCUGGCCAUCAAGAGGGUGCUCUAAUUUAUGGGAUGCCACCGUCCAAUGGGAUUCAACAGUGGCAUCAUCUCACCAAUGUUGGCGCAGCGUUUGCACCACCAUCAAAUUACUUUUACCCUUAUGUGGCAGCUCCAGCUGCAUUGAGGACUUCUCCAGUUCCAGCAAUUCAUGGGUUACGUGAUAGGCUUCCAGUCUCAGGCACUCAGGGCAGCAUCGGAAAUAAUGCAGAUAACUUAGGUAGGAACGAUCCUCGUAUGGACAGUACCAGAGGGUCAUCUAAGCAAAAGAAUGUUGCAGGCAACUCUGGAAAUCUUCAGCGUCAUUCUGCUCUGGCAGGGCCUAGUACUUCCGCUGCUCCCGUCAUCACAACAGCAAAUGAAUCUGAUGUUUCUUCGAAUGAUUCUGUAUCACGCGAGCAUGGAGGGAGUGACUCAGCACCACUCCUUGAAAAUGGUACUACAUCUGCAACUAUGGAUUUGCCAGUUCCAGCAAAUCAUGGGUUACGUGAUGGGCUUCCAGUCUCAGGCACUACAGAUGAUUCUGUGUCAAGCGAGCAUGGAGGGAGUGACUCAGCACCACUCCUUGAAAAUGGUACUACAUCUGCAACUAUGGAUUUGCCAGUUCCAGCAAAUCAUGGGUUACGUGAUGGGCUUCCAGUCUCAGGCACUACAGAUGAUUCUGUGUCAAGCGAGCAUGGAGGGAGUGACUCAGCACCACUCCUUGAAAAUGGUACUACAUCUGCAACUAUGGAUUUGCCAGUUCCAGCAAAUCAUGGGUUACGUGAUGGGCUUCCAGUCUCAGGCACUACAGAUGAUUCUGUGUCAAGCGAGCAUGGAGGGAGUGACUCAGCACCACUCCUUGAAAAUGGUACUACAUCUGCAACUAUGGAUUUGCCAGUUCCAGCAAAUCAUGGGUUACGUGAUGGGCUUCCAGUCUCAGGCACUACAGAUGAUUCUGUGUCACGCGAGCAUGGAGGGAGUGACUCAGCAGCACUACUUGAAAAUGGUGCUGCAUCUGCAACUAUGGAUUCGCCAGUUCUAGCAAAUCAUGGGUUACGUGAUGGGCUUCCAGUCUCAGGCACUACAGAUGAUUCUGUGUCACGCGAGCAUGGAGGGAGUGACUCAGCAGCACUACUUGAAAAUGGUGCUGCAUCUGCAACUAUGGAUUCGCCAGUUCUAGCAAAUCAUGGGUUACGUGAUGGGCUUCCAGUCUCAGGCACUACAGAUGAUUCUGUAUCACGCGAGCAUGGUAGGAGUGACUCAGCACCACUCCUUGAAAAUGGAGUACAGAGAAGUGGGAGCAGAUUUGCUAGUGGUCCAGAUACUGUAUUGCAAAAUAACAAUAAUCAUCUGCUUCAAGGAAACUAUGUAGGCCAAGCCUAUCAGUUUCCUGGCAAUUCUUGGCUGAACAUGCCUUUCAAUAGUAGCGGUAGUGCAGCUCAAUCUUGGGCCUGGAGACAGGCUGCUCCUUUAACCUAUCCUCCCGCUGGUGCCGGAGGCUAUGUAAUAGGUGCUGGAAACAUGGCUAUGCGAGGUUAUCAAGUACCUUCCAGCAACGGGGGUUUGACUGGUUUCAUGUAUCCACCCAUUCCUCAAGGACCACCGCAGUACCAUCAUCAUCUGUCACCUAAUAUGCAAACUAUGGCAGGCCACACAAUGAGCUCCUAUCCUCAGAUGACAGCAUCUCCAGGCAGACAACUACAACUUAGUUCGUCCAAUAUGGGACCCUUGCUUCCGUCUGGCUUUAGAAUGUACAGACCUCAUCAAAGGGAAUUCAUGAUGCGUGGAACAAAUGCUAGCCACCACAACCUCCGUAAUGGAGUAUCAAUGCUGGGUGUUCCAAGAUUUCGUGGAGUGCAUGUUGUUGAUCAGCACAGAGAUAUGCGAUUGGAUGUGGAUCGCAUGACGUAUGAGGAGCUUCUUGCAUUGGAGGAGCGAAUUGGCAAUGUGUCAAUUGGUUUGUCCGAGGAUAUCAUCGUUGCCAAUUUGAAAACGAGAAUAUUUUUGUCUACCGAGACUCCUAGCCCUCUGGAAAAUGUUGCAUCUGAUCAAGACCAGAAAACUGUCUGUGUAAUAUGCCAGGCUGACUUCAAGGAUGGGGAGAAGAUCGGCAUUCUCAAUUGUAGCCAUGAGUACCACGAGGAAUGCGUGAAGAAAUGGCUGGGUGUGAAGAACAGCUGCGCGAUCUGCAAAUCUGCAGCCUUGUCUACUGAGAAGAAGGACAAGGAAGUGGUGACUACAGGAGGCGGCUAAUGUUGCCAUAUAAUAUUUAAACCUCCGAGAUGUGGAGUUGUUGCUGAAACUGUAUUAUAAACUUGUAUAUACUUUGCGCAGCAGUCCAUCUCUCGAAAACAUUUACCUGCUGAACCUCAACCUUAAAUCUGUAAAACAUUAAGUUGUACAGACUUGUACUUCUUGUUCAAUCUUGCAUGUUUGUUGUUAAA